AAAGCUCGCCUCAUCGCCGCAGUCAGUCGUCAACCAUGGCCCAAAGCACUACCAAACGCUACUGCAUCGUUGGAGCAGGCGCCGGUGGACUGAGCUGCGCGAGGCACGCGGCGGACACCGGAGCGCACGUGACCGUGUUUGAGCAGACUGCCAGCGUCGGCGGUACCUGGGUUUACACGGACGAAACGGGCCACGAUCGGUACGGACUGCCGGUACACUCGAGCAUGUACCGCAAUCUGCGGACUAACAUUCCCAAGCAGACUAUGGGCUAUUGGGACUCGGAGCUGGUGUCGGACCGGACCUAUCCGGGUCAGCAGGAAGUGUUGAGUUGGUUGGAAGGCUACGCAGAGCAGCAUCGGCUGAGCCGGUGGAUUAAGUUUGAACAUCAGGUGAUAAGGAUUGUUCCACUGUUUGGCGAAGGUGCCAGCCGAAGGUGGGAAGUUAUCGUGCGAGAUUUGCGCGAGAAUCGCUGCGAAACGUUGCAGUUUGACUUUGUGAUGGUCUGCAAUGGGCAUUACUCGUGUCCGAAGGUACCGGAGUAUCCGGGAAGAGAUGCCUUCGUUGGGAUUCAGAUUCACAGUCACGACUACCGCUGCGCGGAUCGCUUUGAAGAUCAGGAUGUCCUCCUGGUAGGAGCAGGGUACAGUGCGUCAGAUAUCGCGAUCGCUACCGCCAAGGUAGCGCGAUCGCUAACCGUAAGUCAUCAUGAUCCGAACAAAGUCAACUUUGGGAAUCUUCCGACACUCGUCACAAAGCCUACAAUCUCGAAACUUACCCCAACCGGUGUAGAGUUCGUUGAUGGGACCACGGUCAACUGCUCCGUAAUCAUCUACUGCACCGGCUAUCGCUUCACGUAUCCCUUUCUGAGCGUGGAUUGCGGCAUCACCGUCGAGGACAACCACGUAACGCCACUGUACAAACAUGUAAUCAACAUUAACCAUCCGUCGAUGGCGCUGAUCGGAGUUCCGUUCUAUUGCUGUCCAACGCAGAUGAUGGACUUGCAGGCACGGUUCUGCAUCCAAUACUUCACUGGGUCAAGGUCGCUACCGUCGCGAAGCGAAAUGCUAGCGGAUACCGAGGCCGACCUAAAGGAACGCAAACGGCGCGGACUUCCGAAGAAGUGGAUGCACAAGCUGGUGGACGAUAUGCAGUUCAAGUACUACGAGGAUCUUGCCCGGACAGCUGGUAUUGUACCGCUCGAGGCGACCGUGGAGAAGAUGUUUACCGAGUGUAUGAGACGAAGGAUGCUGGACGUUCAGAACUAUCGGGAUGAUGAGUUCGAGGUUGUUGGGGAGGAUUAAAUAAACGCUUUGAAAUAAAAGUCUUUUAUUCUA